UGCUUCUGAGGUUUUUUUUUUAAGGAUUUACAUUCAGUGCCCGGUGACAGAUUAGCCACAAAAAUCACACAAAUCCGGCAACCCAGACGGACCUCGUUUAAUGGGAUUCUAUAUGCAUUUCGUAAAGUUAUUUUAAAGGAUGCAAAUUGGCUGCAGAGGAUAGUGAAGAAAGAAGCAAGGAAAGAUUGUGCAAGCUGGUAAGGCUUUAAACGAUUCCCACUCACUCGACAGACUUUUUUUUACCGUCUGAAGACGACUCUCCCAUUACUGGAUUGGGAUUGUGGUAGAAUGAGGUGGGUCAUCCCAAUCUUGCUACUGACCGCCCUGGGAGGAGGCUGGGGCUGUCAGCUACCCCACGACUGGAGACCACAAAGUGAGCCGUGCCGAGCUGAGCUGGCCGAAAUCAUCAUCUACGCGAAGGUGCUGGCUGUCUACAAGGACACUUACAGCGUCUAUAACUACCUGCCCUGGCAAUAUGACACCGACCUCUUCUACUCAGCAGAGAUCGAGCUGCUGUGUGACCAGGCCUGGGGCAGUAUGCUGGAGAUGCCAGCAGGAGCCAGAUUUAACUUGACUGGACUGGGAUAUUUCCCUUGUCACUCUUACACAGUCAUGGAAAACAACACCUACUAUUUCUUUGUCAGGCUGGAUGAGAAUUACAACAUUGUACCACAAGGAAUCAAUUUCCAGGAUCCAAUUUUUCCAGACACUACCGAGAACAAGCGGAUGUUUGCGAGUCUCUUCCAGUUCUCUAACUGUACCAGUGGCACCCAUCAUCACACCUACACGCCAGAAUGGGAACUGCAGGAGGAUAAUCGGCUCCUGUGCUCAACCGUGCAGAAGGCACUUUAUGAGGAGGAAGAGCGUGUGCGAAAGCUCUCCCAGAAAGUGAGAUCUCUUGAAAAGGCCAACAAUCACCUGCGUGAGAAGGUGAAGAGGAUUAAGCGCUCCCUUCGGCAAGUGAAAAAAGAGAGCAAGAGAGAAGCAAUACUCAUGAAGCAGAUCCUGCAGAAGGAACAGAACAAGGAGAGAGGAAAGUUGAAUGCCAAACAGGACACUGGCAAACAGAUCCUGAAGAAACCAGUCAAGAAACCAAUCAGCCAUAAACUGUAAUGUUGCUGAUUCAUUUGUAAUAGUCUAUAAAUCAGAGAUGUAAUGCUUCCCUUACCAAGUGGAAACAUGAGACAUGUGGAAAGUGCCUACACCACAGUGGCUAGCCGUUCCCAAUAACACUAUAGUGCAAUGAGAUAGAAAACAAUAAGUGUGUUAUUUGGCUUUCAGUUGCAUUGUAUUAUUUGAGCAUUUUAAACCAACUUUUUGUUUUUAGUUAACACUUGUAGGAGUCUUAAGUGAAAAGAGUUUGGAACAGGAUGAAGGAGGCAUGGGUCCCACAGCAAAAAAAAUAGAAAAAGCUUUCUUACAAUCAUCACUAAAUUGGCAAUCUCACUCAGAAAAACAGCAUAAGCUGUUCAUGAUGUACUGUGGCUGGGAAAAAGUGUUUUAUUGGUAAAAGGAACUCUACUCUGUGUUGUUUAUAAUGCACCAACUGUUGGAGUACUUAAUGCAGGCAUUUGGUUUAAAAAGGAAAAAAAUAUCCUUUUUCCUAGUAUUGAUUUCCCUCACUAAGCAAAAAUCAUUGCGUAUUAAAUACAUAAAUGUAUUUUCCAAUCUCUUGUUGCAAUUGAAGUGGCCAUUCUGUAAGUGAAUAGUAAAGCUGAAAAGCAUUUUAAAUUGAAGGAAAAAUCAUAAAGAUCAUGUCUUAAAACAUAAAGGAUUGGCAACAGCAUUCCACAUAAAUCACUUCAGUUUGUAUCUUGCAGUUCAUCACAUAUCCUGAACUCCUUCAGUACAUUAAAACAUCAUCUUUCUGCUAUUCUGUAUCCAAUACCACAUUAGUUGCCUGUUAUUUUCCACGUAACUCACCACUGUAGAACUGGUGACUAAAGUCUGGGGACCUGGUUUCAAAUUUAUGCAUGUUAAAAAAGUGAGUUAAAAUCUUGCCGUAUGAGUGAGAAAAUGGCCUGGUCAGAAUUCUCCAACCAUGGUCAAGGUCUCUCAGACAUUAAAGACUUCACUGAUAUCCUGUAGUGGAAUUGGUAAUUACAAGUCAAACAAUUUGAUUCAAGUCUAUUUGAAGCUUAUUAUACCUGCUCCCUGUCCCCAAAUGCAGUCAGUUAACUUGAAUCACCAUUACCAGCAAUCCAUUGAACUGUGUUCAGAUGACAUUGUUGUGGUUGCUUUAGACUAGAUUAGGUAGGUUGCUUCCUGUCAUAACCACUUUUCAUCUUUGUGCUUAUAAUGCUUUAUUUUUUUAUUAAUUCUUUGCUUGGCCAGAGCAGAUUUAUCUGGUUUAGUUUAUUUUUGUUUAAGAAUUUAUAGUUUAGAUGGAAAAUACUGCAGUUUAUACAGAGCUCCUGGAGCUUGGCCACUUUGGCAGCUGGGGGAGUGGAGGUUGGGGGGGGUGUGGUGGAGUGCGUGGAGAGGGUGAUCUUAAAUUGCAAUCACUAUUCCUGGAGCUCAGUAAUUCUUUGGAGGAAUUCUCAUGCUGUGAUUCCUCAUUGAAUUUAUAAUUUUCUGUGGGGAGGGUGUGUAUUCAGUAACUUGCAGGAGAGGUUAUAGUGUGGUGGUUACUCUGAGCUUAUUUGGCUAAUUUGGGAGGAGUUAGUUCCUAUUAGUUUAAGGGAGAACCACGCAAUUACAUCUCACCUUUAAGAAAAUGGUUAGCAAGCUUUUUCAUUUAAUUACGAGCACAGUGACAUAAAUCACAGUGAAAUAACCAUGAAAUGAACAGAAAGAUCCUGAUGGACCUUUGUAACAAAGUAUUUGUGUUAGAAUUUCCAUUGAUAUACUAACUUGUUGUAAUUGAUGUAAAAGUACCACUGACAUGUAAUAAGCAAUCUCAGUGUGUACACAAAUGUAGAUUUGUUACUGAUUAUUAAGCAAAAGGGUCUGGAUCCAAGUAUUAAUAAAACAGUUCUCACCUUUUCUA